AAAAAAAAAAAAAAAAAAAAAAAACUGCUUCCAUUCACAAAAGUGGAUUUUUCUCGUAGAGGCUCUCCUGGCCUCCGAAGUCAGGGGAGGAUAUGGGUGGAGCUACAAUGCCUGAUGCUGCUCUGUUUAGGACUUUGUUAUGCAAUCGAAAUGUUUCAUUGGGCAUGCCUGGCGGCCGGAGUUCGUGUUUCGAGCUUAAGAGGCAGCCGAUGAUUGGCAAAAGAUUCCAUGAAAAAAAGAGAAAACAAUUACACGGGAAUGCUUGGUACCGUAGAACAAGACCUGUUGUUUAUUUAAGUAUGAAUGAUUCCAGUGAGUUUCAACCAGCUUUUGUUGACGAGGAUGACAAUCCAAGUGAUUCCCUAGAGAUUCGUGAAGAUGAAUUGUUGACAGCUCAGAUAGACCUUUCUGAUGUUCGAUCCCAGAGAGAUGCCAUUGAGAAGGAGAGAGAUAUUCUGCUCGAAAAAUUGGCUAAAGCAGAAGCUAAACAACACGAGUACCAAACUGCUCUAAUGCAUGAAAAGGAACUGACCAUUUCAGAACUCGAGGCGGCGAAAGAACUGUUCCAUAAGAAGGUACAAGAGUCUAUACAGGAGAAAUUUGAUUUGGAGUCGAAGCUAAUUCUGGCAAAACAAGAUGCCAUUGAACUUGCAGUUCAAGUGGAAAAAUUGGCAGAGACUGCUUUCGAGCAGACCACAUCUCACAUAUUAGAAGAUGCCCGACUGAGGGUUUCAACUGCCGAAACUUCUGCAGCAGAAGCUGCUUAUCAGAUUGAGGAACAAGUACGAAGUGCUACUGAAGGGGCCGUACUUUCGAUAGUUGACCAGUCAAAAUCUGCCAUAGAAAAUGCUUUAGCUGUCGCAGAAUCUACAGGUGACCGCACAAAAAAAUUUGUUGCAUCUUAUGUGGAUGAUUUGAAUUUAGUCAACGAGAUUGCCUCUUUGAAGUCUCAGAACGUUAAAUUACAGAAAACGAUGAAUGAUUUAGAAUCUCAACUGUUGGUUUCGAACAAUGAGAUGAACAAAUUGAAGUUAGAGUUAGAGAAAAGCCGUCAGCAAGCAACAGCGUAUGAACUUCUGGCACGUGAUACUGAAAAAGAACUGCUUGAGUUUCAGAAGUCAAUUAGAGAAACAGCUAUUCAACAGGAGGACGAAGUUAAAUCACUGUUGGAGAAAAUGAAAAAGGACUCUGCUGAUAGAAGGAAGGCUACCUCAAAGGCUUUUAAGGCAGAGCUGGAAACUAUCCAGGCUGCUAUUGAAGCAGCAAAAGAAACAGUUCGAGCAAAAGACGAGGCUUACGUGAGAAGAUGUGAAGCGCUGCAAAGAUCUUUAAAAGCAUCUGAAUCUGCAUCGAAGGCGUGGAGGCAAAGAGCAGAAAUGGCGGAAGCAUUGUUGUCGAAGAAAGUCGGGUUUGGUGAAAAUGACGAUGAAGAAACAUACGUGGUCAACGGUGGGCGAGUUGACCUUCUGAUGGAUGAUGAUUCACAAAAAUGGAAGCUACUAACAAAUGGUCCUCGCAGAAAGAUACCUGACUGGAUGGUAAAGAGAAUCGGCUUUAUCUGUCCUAGGUUCCCUCCUAGGAAGACAAAUAUGGCUGAAGCCAAAUUAUCGAAAUUUAAAUCUUUGGAGUUGCCCAAACCUGAUGAGGUGUGGUCCAUCGCCCAAGAAAAGCCAAAAGAAGGUGAUACACUGGUUGAGCAUGUGAUGGAGAAAGAAAUAAUUGAAAAGAAACGUAAGGCUUUGGAGCGUGCUCUUCAAAGAAAAACUAUUAAGUGGCAGAAAACUCCCGAAGAGAUAAAAUUAGAGCCAGGAACUGGUACCGGACGUGAGAUAGUGUUUCAAGGUUUUAACUGGGAGAGUUGGAGGAGGCAAUGGUACCUUGAUCUUGCCCCUAAGGCUGCUGAUCUGUCACGUUCUGGCAUAACUGCAGUAUGGUUCCCUCCGCCCACAGAAUCUGUUGCACCGCAAGGUUAUAUGCCAUCUGACCUGUACAACCUAAAUUCAGCAUACGGUUCGGUGGAAGAGUUGAAGCACUGUCUAGAGGAAAUGCGAAAUCAAGAUCUUCUGACCUUGGGAGACGUUGUAUUGAAUCAUCGAUGCGCUCAUAAGCAGAGUCCUAAUGGUGUCUGGAACAUAUUCGGAGGGAAGCUUGCCUGGGGGCCUGAAGCAAUUGCGUGUGAUGACCCAAAUUUUCAAGGGCGUGGCAAUCCUUCUACUGGUGACAUUUUUCACGCGGCACCAAAUAUUGAUCAUUCACAGGACUUUGUACGUAAAGACAUAAAGGAAUGGCUAAACUGGCUGCGAAAUGAUAUCGGUUUUGAUGGAUGGCGCCUGGAUUUCGCAAGAGGUUUCUCUGGUAGUUAUGUGAAAGAAUAUAUCGAAGCUUCAGAUCCUGCAUUUGCCAUCGGAGAGUACUGGGAUAGUCUGGCUUAUGAAGGUGGUAAUUUAUGUUACAACCAAGAUGCUCAUCGACAACGCAUAAUUAAUUGGAUCAAUGCUACCGGUGGUACCUCCUCAGCUUUUGAUGUCACCACAAAGGGUAUCCUCCAUUCAGCCCUGCAUAACCAAUAUUGGAGGUUAAUCGAUCCUCAAGGUAAACCGACAGGAGUAAUGGGAUGGUGGCCCUCUCGUGCUGUCACAUUCUUGGAGAAUCAUGAUACCGGCUCAACACAGGGUCAUUGGCCGUUUCCAAGAGAUAAGCUUCUGCAAGGAUAUGCAUACAUUUUAUCACAUCCCGGGACUCCUGUAAUAUUCUACGACCACUUCUACGAUUUUGGCAUCCGGGACGUAAUAACCGAACUAAUCGAAGCUCGAAGGAGGUCAGGAAUCCACUGCCGCAGCCCGAUAAAAAUAUUCCACGCAAACAACGACGGUUACGUGGCGAAAACCGGGGAAACACUUGUAGUGAAGCUUGGUCAUAUUGACUGGAACCCUUCCAAAGAAGUUGACUUGGAUGGGAGCUGGCAGAAGUUUGUUGAUAAAGGCUCAGAUUAUCAGUUGUGGUUGAGACAAUAAUCAAUAAUGUAUUUAUAAAGUUAUAUUGAACAUUGCCAUCUUUGUCUAGGAAAUCCAGAAGCAGUGUAAUUAAUAUAUGUGACUCAAUUUAUAAUUAAUUAAUAAUUAUAUAAAGGGUUAUAUAGA